UCCAUCGAAACUAUGAGAGAUCGAAUUUUCUCCACUCAAUCGGACAUUUGGUCGUUCGGCAUAGUGCUAUGGGAGUUCUUCACAUUGGCAGAGACUCCGUAUCCUGGAAUGGAAACGGAGAUAGUGUACCAAAAGCUGAUCGAGGGUUACAGAAUGGAGCAGCCAGAAUAUGCCACGCCCGAAGUGUACGACAUAAUGUGUCAGUGUUGGAAGGCCGAGCCUUCUCUACGGCCGAGUUUCACGGAUCUAGUCAACAGUGUAGGAAAAUUGUUGGAGGACAAUGUAAGAACGCACUACAUCGAAUUAAACGCCCCAUACCUCGACGUGAACAGGGCUCUGCUAGUGGGCGGGAAGCAAGAUUACCUGGCGAUGUUCUCUGCUCCGGAUCACGCUGUUCUUUCAACAUCGACUCACGAUUGCACGAAUUCCACCGCAUCUAGAACCGCUGCGGACUCUGGCUACGUGAGCAUGAGUCUCAAGGAUGCUGUGGACACAUCGCCUAUGCUGAAGAAGGAGGAGGAAGAACCCUAUUUGGAACCUAUUAAUGUCCACAAGAGGAGGGCAGAGCUUGCCAGAAACAGAGGAGUGGUGAAGUAUCAGUUGGUGCAUUGAGAUCGGGGUUAUGCUAACUGCAACCCGCUGGACAAGUUGGACCUAACAGAUCUGAAUAAAAAGAGCGAUGAGAUCGCGGAGAA